GCCUUAUCACCGGAACCUCAGAAUUCUCUACCCAUUUUAACCCUUCUCUCUCUCGGAUUUCCCCCUCCCCUCUGUUUAUUCCUCAACACAACCCAGCUAGAUACAGUGAAAACCCAAAAGAAUCCAGCGAAAAAAAAAAUCUUAAAAAAAAAUGGGUUAGCUUUAUCUCUUAGCUCCAUUAAAUUUAAAACAGAAACAAAAAAGAACAAGAGAAAACCUUAGAUUUUGGAGGAUCUAGGGUCAUUUCUGUUAUUCCACGCUAUAAAUCGGCGAUAAAGGAGGCGGAUUCUUAUUAGCAGCAAACGAAAGAGGAGAUGUACAGAGAGAGAGCGGCCGGUGGAUCCAAGGGAGAGGUGGGGUCGGUGGAUCGGAAGCGGAUUAACGAGGCGCUUGAUAAGCAACUGGAACGGUCGUCGCCGUCUACUUCGAGAGCGAUCAACGGCAAGGAUCAGUAUCAUGACUCUCGCUCUGCUUCUCUCCCCAAAGCUAACGACUCCGGUGAUGAAUCUGAAACUGACAGUGAAGAGUCUGAUGUUAGCGGUUCUGAUGGGGAUGACACGUCUUGGAUCUCUUGGUUUUGCAAUCUCCGUGGAAAUGAGUUCUUUUGCGAAGUUGAUGAAGACUACAUACAAGAUGAUUUUAACCUUUGUGGACUAAGCAGUCAAGUUCCUUAUUAUGAUUAUGCACUUGAUUUGAUUUUGGAUGUUGAAUCUUCUCAUGGAGAUAUGUUUACGGAGGAGCAAAAUGAAUUAGUUGAAUCUGCGGCAGAGAUGCUAUAUGGUCUGAUUCAUUCCCGAUACAUAUUGACAAGCAAAGGAAUUGCUGCAAUGCUAGACAAGUACAAGAGCUAUGAUUUCGGAAGAUGCCCUAGAGUUUACUGCUGUGGACAACCUUGUCUUCCGGUUGGUCAAUCAGAUAUUCCUCGGACAAGCACCGUAAAAUUAUACUGCCCUAGAUGUGAAGAUAUCUACUACCCUCGCUCCAAGUACCAAGGCAACACUGACGGAGCGUACUUCGGGACGACAUUUCCAAACCUGUUUUUGAUGACAUACCAACACCUGAAGCCACAAAAAGCAUCUCAAAGCUAUGUUCCAAGAGUAUUUGGGUUUAAGAUCCAGAAGCCAUGACAUAAAACUGUUUUUGCCUAUCUUGUAUUAUGGAAGCAAUGCUUUCAUCAAAUGAUGGGUAUAGUUGGGCAGCAGCAGUGUUUCAGGCUCUUUUUCGUAUGUUUUUAAACCAAUUACGAUAAAUUUCAAUUCUUAAUUUUGAAUUUCUGCAUCGGAA